GUCAAAAACUUUCCUAGGCAUAAAACCCUAUAUGCUAUGCCAUAAUUCGCAACUGGAAAAAAUCCUCCGGUGUCUUCGAGAAUCAAUCCGAUCGAUCUCUCCGAUGGCCUCCAAAUCCCUCGCUUUCCUAUCAGUCCUCUUCUUCGUCCUUACCAUCUCAAUUUCGUCGUCCUCGGCUCUGCAUUCCUCGCCGGAUUUCAAUGCUCCCUACCCCAAAGCAAUCGCUGACUUGAAGGAAGCGAUCAUUAAGGGACUAGGGCUUCAGGCGGAUGAUUUUAAGGUUUCCGGGUUCGAUCUGAGGGAUGCCCAGGUGGGCCAUUCGGUGGCGUACGAAUUCGACGUAGAGGUCGACAAUAAGGUCCUCCCCUUCAAGCUUUUGGAGGAUGUGAAUCGCUGGGAGUACGUGGAUUUGCCGAUCUUCCGGGUGGAGGAGCCAGGCCGACCUGUUGCCGACCAGAAGGGGCUGGUUGAGAGGCGGAAAUCGGAUCCCGCGUUGCCGGUACUCGCUCCGUUUCAAUUGGCUGGACCCAUGGAGCUCUGGAUUCAGGACGCCAAAGAUAUGCGCCUCUCGCUGCCGCAUGAUGUAGAAGCCGGUGUCUUGAAGAAAGUUGUUUUAGCAGAUGGUGCAGUUGUUACUGUCAAGGGUGCUAGGUCAGUAAGCCUACGUCACCCACUUGAUCUCCCACUCCCAUUAAACCGAACCCAAAAUGGAUUUGCCUCUGGUCUUCUAACCUUGGCGGAGCGGCUCCGCCAUGCUUCUCGCACUCAAGGUGCUCCGCUCCUUUCCCUUCGCAUUGUCGGUCCGACCUCACUUACAAGCCCUGCCUCAUCUUCAUCCUCUUCCACUAACAGGCUCAAGCUCAAGCGUCUUGCGCCAGGUCUUGUGGAGUUAUCCUCACCAUCAAAGGCCCUUUCCACUAUUGAUCUUGAAGAAGAAGCCACCCUUCUCACUCCAAAUCAUUUUACGACUAUGUGGCCUCUUGCUUCUGUCAAUGGCUCAAACUCAAACUUGCUUGGUUUUGAGGCAUUGCUCUCUUCUGUGCUGGGUCCUCAGGCCCACAAGAAAGGUUCCUUCAGGCUGUUGAAGGCAGACGUGUCAGCUCAGACGUCUCUAAAGAUAGGUUUUGGGGUUGAGAAGAAGUUGAAAGAAGGAGAUGGGUUUGAUUUGGUGGAUUUUCCUGCGUGGAGGACGAAGCCGGAGAGAGUGAGAAUGCAUUUUGAGGUUCUGGCAAAGGUGGAUGGUGAGAAGGUUGUACCGGAGAAAAUCACACAGGUUAACCCUGUACUUGUGGAGGACACUAUGGCACCAAAUCUGGUUGUGGGGAAUGUGACUAUGUCAAAGACCCCUAUAGUUCAUCCUCCUUCUGACCCAUUCACUUUGUAAAUUGAAGGAGGGGGUUUAAUUUUGGGUGUUACGGGAAGGAAGUGUAAAGAUGAAAGCAUUUUUUUUUUUUUUUGGUUGCUUAAAUAUAUAUAAAAUGUGAUGAGGUAGAAUAGACGAGAUCGUCCCAAAACUGUCAAAAAAUAUUAUAAUAUGGAAGUUUUUUUAAUUUUCUCUA